UUAUUCGGUGGGAAGUUGGUCAAACGUUGACCUUAUUCAAUAUUUCUAUUUAUUGUGCUACAAUAUUAAUUCAAAAAGUGUUUUAAAAAUUCUUUAGUAUAUUUAACUAUUUGUUUGUAGUGAUUGAUAUACAAAUAAGUGUGUUUUGACAUUUUUGCAAUUCGUUUGACGAAUACGUCAUAGCGCCAUGUUGUAUUCCUGCGCUGAUUGCAGGCACGAGAAAUCUGCCAACCCGUUUAUUUUUCGGGAUUAGUUCCCGAGAAUAAAUCGAACUGCGAUUUUGUACUCAAAUAUAUUUUAGUUUAUAUUUGUUGGCAAAUGUCAAACAACUUUAGUGAAAUCGAUGCAUCCCUGUUGUCGCAUUUCGAGUGUUAACUCCUAAUUUCAACUGCAGUUUUGUGCAUCCGCGAAAGUUGAAAGGACUGUGUUGUAAAAGAAAGAAGUGACAAUUAGCCAAAAUUCCGGUCCCUACGCGCAGACGAGAAGGUGCCUACCCGCCGGGGCAGUCGGGCGAAGGAGACAUGAACAACAAACGUAAAAAUCGCCAAGGACCGCCGAGGUCGCCUCGGGGCCGCGUGCUGCCUGAGGGCGUGUACAACAACGCGCACUUCAUGCACGCAGUCACCUCGCACGUCGGCGACAACGUGCAGGUCCUGACGCAGUCGGGAAGCCUCUGGGAAGGCGUGUUCAAAACUUUCAGUGCUCAGUUUGAGGUGGUGCUAGAAGUGGCCCACCGAGUGGACCAGGAGGGAGUGGUUGCCGUGGACUCCGUGGUCGAGAAGCUGAUCUUCAAGCCGCAGGAUGUGGUCUCCAUUCGCGCCAAGGACUCCGACCUGGAGUACGCGACCCACGACGUGUUUCAGACGGACAGCGCUAUUUCUAGAAACUUCCGAGUAGCGGAAGAGCGCCAACUGGAGCCUUGGGACGCGUGCGACGGCGAUGUUAGCGAGUCGCCCGCCCUGAACGGUGACGCGGCGCUCGACGAGCUUGACCUGGACCACCGCGCCAACGGCUGGGACGCCAACGACAUGUUCCGCAAGAACGAGGAGGUGUACGGCGUGCACUCCACCUACGACCACUCGCUGGCCGGGUACACGCUGCCGCUGCAGCGCAAGGACACACAGGACUACAGAGACGCUGAGGCGAAAGCAGAAGAAAUCGCGGCGGAGAUCGAAAGCGCGCCGGCUUACAAAGCGCGCAUCGACGCCGAAAACGGAGACGAAGAGGAGCGAUACGCCGCGGUGGUGAGGCCCGACGCGCCCGCCAAAUACGUCAUCCCCAACAAGAGGAAGAACAUGCAGCGGAGAGCACCCUCAUACAAGGAGCGCUACGCCGCGGUAGUGCGGCCCGACGCGCCCGCCAAGUACGUCAUACCCAACAAGAGGAAGAACAUGCAGGAGCGCUACGCCGCAGUGGUGCGGCCCGACGCGCCCGCCAAGUACGUCAUACCCAACAAGAGGAAGAACAUGCAGGUGCGUGCUCCUUGGUAG